UCUAGUCAUGACGGCAGGAUACACAUAACCUCGUGGUAAACAGCUGUUCCCGAAUAUACGCAAUCACAAAAUCCCCCGAUUACCCGAGAAUUUUCACUCGCAUUCCCCCCGAGAUCAUCCAAAAAGACAACUGAAGCCCCUCGAAACUAAACUACUUUCGUCACGGCGAGACGAUCUCGGCGAUAAAUCGUCGCAUCCAUCACUGAACCCAUUCGAAGUAAAAAAAAACCGAUAAAAUACGAGAAGUGUUGUUAGUUGACAGUUGCGAGCGCGUGUGAUGACAUGAACAUGGCGGCAUCCACUAGUGAAUCGGUGGAUGACCGAUAUCCCUGCAAAAUAUGCAUUAUUGGAGGUGGAAUGGCUGGUCUAUCGGCGGCUAAUCAUUUCCUCAAGAACAACGAGAAUGAUUUCGUUAUCCUGGAGGCGAGGGGUCGCAUUGGGGGACGAAUAGUCGCUACUGAAUUUGGUGGCGAAAAAGUCGAACUGGGCGCCAACUGGAUCCACGGAGUCCUGGGGAAUCCGAUCUUCGAGCUGGCGAUGGCGAACGGUCUAAUAAACAUAGUGAGAUGUCCAAAGCCCCACAAAGUGGUGGCAGCCACCGAGGACGGCAAGCAGCUGCCCUUCCCCGUCCUCCAGGAGAUAUACGAGGCCUACGUCUGCUUCCUCCGACGAUGUGAGGAGUACUUUCUCAGUGCCUACAACCCCCCCGACGGUAUCGCCAGUGUCGGUGCCCACGUAGCCCUGGAAACCGAACUCUACCUCUCGUCGCUACCCGAGGACAAACGCCCCAUUCGCCAACUGUUAUUCGACUGCCUCCUGAAGAGAGAAACCUGCAUAACUGGCUGUGAUAGCAUGGAGGACGUCGAUUUACUGGAGAUGGGGUCGUACGCAGAGCUCCAGGGUGGCAACAUCAGCCUCCCCGGGGGAUACAGCGCGAUCCUGGGGCCCAUUGCCAAGCACAUUCCCAAGGACAAGAUCCUCCUCCGUCACGUGGUGGAGAAGAUCAGGUGGCAGGAGACCCCCAGUGAGAGCCAAACAAACUGUACUUACAACAACAACUGCAUAGAGAUAACGUGCGAGAACGGAAAGAAGAUUCUGGCUGAGCAGGUCCUAUGCACCCUCCCCCUGGGGGUGCUGAAGCACAGGAUCAGGGAUUUAUUCGAGCCACCAUUGCCGGAUUACAAGGUGGAGGCCACUGGGAGACUGAUGUUUGGGACUGUAGAUAAAAUAUUUCUGGAGUACCAGAGGCCAUUCCUCAAUCCUGACAUCUCAGAGGUCAUGCUGCUGUGGGACGAUCGAGGGCUGUCUGAGGAGGAGCGCCAGGACAUGAGCAAAACCUGGCACAGGAAGAUAUACUCCUUCACCAAAUUGUCGGACACGCUGUUGCUGGGGUGGAUCAGUGGGAAGGAGGCGGAGUACAUGGAGACGUUGAGCACGACUGAGGUUGCUGAUGUCUGCACGAUGAUUCUGAGGAAGUUCCUGAAUGAUCCGUUUGUGCCGGCGCCUAAGGGGUGCAUCUGCACGUCCUGGCAUUCGCAGGAGUACACGAGGGGGUCUUACACUGCCAUGGCUGUUGGUGCCAGUCAACUGGAUAUUGAGGCACUGGCAGAGCCGAUUUACUCGCCUCAGGAGAGGAAGAAGAUACUCAUUGCCUUCGCUGGAGAACACACGCAUUCGUCGUUCUACAGUACUGUUCAUGGGGCGUAUUUGACUGGUCGCACCGCUGCACAGAGCCUCCUAGACUCGAGGACAAGCGGAAAGCAGGCGUUGAGCAUUGACUGCGAGGAGACGAGUGACUUGAGCUCUUGGAUCCAGGGGAUUUCACUCAAUUGAGAGGAUUUUUAAAGCUUAUUCGCCCGGAUUACUUCGAAUUAUUUUGUAUAUAAGGAAUAGCUUUGAGACGUGUACAUAAAAAUUUGCCUAUUUAGAUCUUAACGUGAUUUGUUACUCGAUUAAUUGAUGUUUAAUUGUUUGGAUGAAGUGGAUUUACUCGGUUUAAUCUAGUCGCGCAACUACGUCACCAACAGAUGUUGAAAACAUGCAUUUUAUUUAUUCCCUUUUGUAGAUUCAUCAGGUACUUUGUGAUUGUUUUUUACAGGUAAAGGCCCUCGUGCCAUUUUAUCGAGUCAAUAGAAUAAGUUGUAAGAAUGAGACGAUUAAAUACUAAUGCACAAAGACAAAGGGAUUUUUGUUUGCAAUUUUAGUAAAUCCUUGUAUUAUUUUGAAUAAUAUAAAUAUUUUACUCAAAAUUGCAAUUCUGCAGUUUUAUUACGCAUUUCUUUAUGUACUCUGCCAUGGCUGUGGGUCCCAGUCAAUGAGUGGAAAAUUCUCAUUGCCUUUGCGGCGAACACACGCACUCGUUCUACAGUACUGUUCAUGGGGCGUAUUUGACUGAUCGCACUGCUGCACAGAGUCUCCUAGACUCGAGGACAAGCGGAAAGCAGGCGUUGAGCAUUGACUGCGAGGAGACGAGUGACUUGAGCUCUUGGAUCCAGGGGAUUUCACUCAAUUGAGAGGAUUUUUAAAGCUUAUUCGCCCGGAUUACUUCGAAUUAUUUUGUAUAUAAGGAAUAGCUUUGAGACGUGUACAUAAAAAUUUGCCUAUUUAGAUCUUAACGUGAUUUGUUACUCGAUUAAUUGAUGUUUAAUUGUUUGGAUGAAGUGGAUUUCCUCGGUUUAAUCUAGUCGCGCAACUACGUCACUAACAGAUGUUGAAAACAUGCAUUUUAUUUAUUCCCUUUUGUAGAUUCGUCAGGUACUUUGUGAUUGUUUUUUACAGGUAAAGGCCCUCGUGCCAUUUUAUCGAGUCAAUAGAAUAAGUUGUAAGAAUGAGACGAUUAAAUACUAAUGCACAAAGUCAAAGUGAUUUUUGUUUGCAAUUUUAGUAAAUCCUUGUAUUAUUUUGAAUAAUAUAAAUAUUUUACUCAAAAUUGCAAUUCUGCAGUUUUAUUACGCAUUUCUUUAUGUACUCUGCCAUGGCUGUGGGUCCCAGUCAAUGAGUGGAAAAUUCUCAUUGCCUUUGCGGCGAACACACGCACUCGUUCUACAGUACUGUUCAUGGGGCGUAUUUGACUGGUCGCACUGCUGCACAGAGCCUCCUAGACUCGAGGACAAGCGGAAAGCAGGCGUUGAGCAUUGACUGCGAGGAGACGAGUGACUUGAGCUCUUGGAUCCAGGGGAUUUCACUCAAUUGAGAGGAUUUUUAAAGCUUAUUCGCCCGGAUUACUUCGAAUUAUUUUGUAUAUAAGGAAUAGCUUUGAGACGUGUACAUAAAAAUUUGCCUAUUUAGAUCUUAACGUGAUUUGUUACUCGAUUAAUUGAUGUUUAAUUGUUUGGAUGAAGUGGAUUUACUCGGUUUAAUCUAGUCGCGCAACUACGUCACCAGCAGAUGUUGAAAACAUGCAUUUUAUUUAUUCCCUUUUGUAGAUUCGUCAGGUACUUUGUGAUUGUUUUUUACAGGUAAAGGCCCUCGUGCCAUUUUAUCGAGUCAAUAGAAUAAGUUGUAAGAAUGAGACGAUUAAAUACUAAUGCACAAAGUCAAAGUGAUUUUUGUUUGCAAUUUUAGUAAAUCCUUGUAUUAUUUUGAAUGAUAAUAUAAAUAAUAUUUUACUCAACAUUGUAGUUCUGCACUUUUAUUACGCAUACAAUAGCCUUGUACAGACAAUGUAUAAUUCCUUUACACUCAUGUUACGUGAUAGAACAUUUAUUAUGCAUAUAAUGUGAAUAAAAUACAAUAAUAC